GCCCUCUAUCGGUUUAGUCAUAAUAAUAAGGAAGACUUCGUGGCUGUGGUAACUAGUGAAGACCGCAGUCAAGCUAACAACAACAGAUCAAACAGGUUUAAAAUAUGUUCACAUCGAAUGAACUAACUACGAAUAACUUCAACAACGGAGAAAAUUGAGAUAUUUUCUGCAGGACUGUCCAGUGACUAACUACUAACUAGUGAACUACAUAUUAUGAUGCCAUGGAGGAUAGGAAGCUGAAGAGAAAGAUUUCCAGGCCCUCCACCAACCAGGCCCCUGCCCCACCGACCAGCACCCGGAAGAACACCGCCUCAGGACGGCAUCUGGGCUUCAGCCACAUGGGUACACACUCCAGCCAGAAGGGGAAGAGCCGCAGGGGUGUGAAGGCCAGACCGCAGCAGGCUUCAGGCAGUAAGGCAGGCCAGAGUCAGGCGGACCCCAUCCAACACUCCUUCCUGACGGACGUCUCCGAUGUGCAGGAGAUGGAGAAAGGACUGCUGAGCCUUCUCAAUGACUUCCACAAUGGAAAACUACAGGCCUUUGGCAAUGAGUGUUCUAUAGAUCAGAUGGAACAUGUGAGAGAGAUGCAGGAGAAGUUGGCUCGGCUGCACUUUGACCUUUAUGGGGAGGUGGACGAGAUGCCCGAGGACCAACGGAAGACCGCCUGCGACUCCAACAUGGACAAACUGCUGCUCAACGUAAGAUCUGGCAAUAGGUUUGGUUAAUCUAGAGGAACUGAGUUCAUCAAUUCAGAAGCUGAAUCUGGCAGACAGCCAGGAGAUACCCAGGACAGCCAGCAUUUAAGUCGGUCUGCAGUCAAGUCUCAUCUCCUUGUCUCCUAACCUCCUCUCCUUAUUUGAUUUCCUUAUCCCCUAAAUUCAUUUCCUUAUAUGCCUCUUCUCUUCUCCUCUAACAUCCCCUCCCCUCUUCUCCUCUCCUCCACUCUCCCCUCUCCCGUCCCCUCUUCUCCUCUCCUCCACUCUCCCCUCUCCCGUCCCCUCUUCUCCUCUACCGUCCCC